AUGGGACUGGCAUUUAUACCGUUGCUGGCGCCGGCUAGACUGAAAGGGUUUGGCAGCAGCAAAGUGGAACAUCUGCACACUCCUGUAGAUCCUGUCUCAGCUCAAACCGAACAGAUCAAUGCUUCGCUCGAUGCUGUUCGACUGGAGGCAUUCGGCGGCAAUGAAGUAGAGCGUCUCAAAGUACGAGCUGCAGCUCGUCGACUACUUGCUAGAGUGGAGACUCCCUAUGAGCGUGCAUGGGGUUUCUGCUUUGAGCAGCCGGUGGUCUUUGCCGCCCUGCAGACCUGCAUUGACGUGGGGCUUUGGAGAUCCUGGACUAGACUCGGAGGGGAGAAGUCUAUUGACGAGUUGGUCAAGUUGACCAGUCCGACUGUCGACACAAAUCUGCUGCCGGCUUUCAAUGUGGUCGAAGAAACAGCGGAAGACAGAUUCAAGCCCACUCCGUUCUCGCUUUCUAUCGGCGAUGAGAGCACCAAGGUCCGCGCCUCGCUUCAAGCUGCAACAAAUCAAUACAUUGCAACUAGCAAAAACUUGCCCACCUACCUAGCCAGCAUAUCCUACCAAGAACCACAAGAUGUCACCACGAACAACCAUUCAAGCUCAGACCCCGAGGGCCUGAACUUUUUCGGUCGAUUGCAGAAGACCCCCGCCUACUAUGAAGCUUUCACCGGCCACAUGGAAGCAUGGACAACAUGGAAGACUCCAUGGACCAAGGUCGUCGACACAAACCAACUGUUGGCAGGGGCCAACUUAGACAGCGGCUCACCAUUCGUAGUUGACGUUGGUGGAAACACCGGCAUUGACAUCUCCCACGUCCUAGCCAAGCACCCAAACAUCCCCGUCGGGUCUUUAGUCCUGCAAGAUCUUCCUGAAAUAAUCGCGACCGCCCAGGUUGACAAGAAAAUCACCACUAUGGCUCACGACUUCUUUUUACCACAGCCCGUGAAAGCUUACUUUAUGCACGCGGUGCUUCAUGACUGGCCAGAUAAAAAAGCCAAGCAACUUCUAGAAAACACCAAAGACGCAAUGACCAAGGGGUACUCCAAGCUCUUAGUCUACGAUAUUGUCCUUCCGCCUACUGGGGCGAGUAUCAGCCAGACAACCAUGGAUGUGCAGAUGAUGUCGCUGUUGUCGGCUUCUGAGCGGACCCAAGAGCAAUGGAAUAAUCUUCUCACUAGUACUGGAUUCAAAAUUGUCAAAUUUUGGCCGGAUCCUCAGCAAUAUGAGAUGGUCAUUGAAGCUGAGCUUGCGUAG